CUUGAGUGCACAAAAUUACUCUCUUUUUUUUUCUCUCUCUUUACGUGUUUGUCUUUUCUUUAUCUAAUAAUAAAAAUAAUAAUUAUCUCCCUAUAUUAAUUCUAAAAAAUAAUUUAUUCAUAGAUUAAAUUUAUUCGUCUCAAUCAACCGAUCAUCCACAAGCAAAAGCUACCGGUUUCUUCACCGGCAAAACUUUUCCGUAUACCACACAGCCGCAGAGUUAAAGACCUUGCAAGGACCUGAAGACAUAAUACUUUUCCUUUGUGGCUGACCAGAUUUGAGUGAGACUCUCUUGUUCAUGCUAGGGAGGCUGGUGGCUUAUUAUUGUCAGAUGAAGGAUAUUGCCCUAGAUUCAUAAGAAUGGGUUUCCUGGGCUAAAUAGUUCAUACUAGGGCUUUGUUGGAGUUGAUUUGAGCUUAAUAUUGGGCAUGAUGAUCAAAUGUCAUUCCAUUGGCAUAUCUUGUUUUGACACGACAUAAGUUGAUGUGAGGGCUUGGGAUGAGGACAUAUUGCAAGUACAGGGUAUUUCUUUGGUGGAUAGCUAACUAGCUUUGCUAUUGUAUAGAACCUCAAUCAUACAUGAUGUUGCAAGCAACUUCUUGGUCAAUCUGGCAGGUUAUGAAGAGAUCUCAUUCUUAUGGUGUUCUUAUCAAGAUUGAUUAGACUGAACUGCUGUUAUUGCAGUCUCUUACCCUUCAACCUUUGAGUGUGAAGAGCUCAUAGGAAAUAGGUUCUGCUAUUGUUGCAGAAUUAAUGACCUUCCGAAAGAUGCUUCUUUGAUGGGGUGAGAAGUUGUUGAAAACCUGAAGUCAUUUAGACGCUGCCACUUAUUGGGGGGUGAGGGGUUGUUGAAAAACUGAAGUUCAUUUUACAGGCUGCCACUAACUGUCGGGUGAGCAUUUCUGGAAAACCUGAAGUUCAUUCUACAGGCUGCAGCUAACUUUCUGAGUAGUUGUGGAACUCCUUUGCACUUUGACAACUGCUGGUAGUAUGAGGCCACUUUCUCUUGGAAAGACUGUCUUGCUUAUGCCAUUUUUUAUUGAUGAUACGAGAUGAGGUUCUGCUGACCAUGCUGCUUCCAAAGCACAUUUUUGACUGGGAUUUGAUUACUUUCUCUGGAAUGGUGGAUCUGUUGGUAGUGACAUGGGGGCAGAUGUGUACCAUCUCUUGUCUGUGGAUACUUUGAAUUGUUUGCUGGUGAAUAGAACUGAAUGGUGCACAGUUUGAGUGUGUUGCAACUUUAUUACAAUAUCCCUUCUAAGGUUAAGAGAGAGACGCUGAGCAGAUACUGUAGUGCUCACUAGAUGCAACAUUCUCUCUCUCUUUUCUCAAUGACAGCUGAUUUUAUCCUGAUUCAAUUGUAUGCUGGUAAUUCCUUUAAUUGAGCCUAUUGAGCUAGUGUUCCUGUGCCCCUUUGGAGUCUUAGGUUGUAAUCUUACUCUAUUGAUGGCUUAGUUCGAAAUAGAGUGAGAGCAAUCCUGAUCAAUAUAUUCUCUGAAUGGCAUCACAAUGCAGAGCUGGGGUCCAAUGGAAGGUACAUUUUCGUAGUUGUACCACUACGAUGUAGCACAUUGAUGCUAGUAUAUUGCUAAGUCUGCUGCAACUCCUUAGAACACUUAAACAUAAUGUUGCUUGGUCUAUGCAAUAUUGGAGGACAACUAUCAUAGUUGGUUGCGAUGAAUGAGAAAACAUGUGUAUUACCAGUUAGCCUAUGUAUUUAUGGUUGAGCUCCCAUUGAUGUAAGAAAAUUCUCUAACUAGUAACACAUCUAUAGCUUUGAGGAUUUCUAUCUAGUUCUUUGGGGCUCAUUGGUACCCGUCACUAUUCAUCCUUUUGUACUACCCACAAUCUUCAUGAGGAUGUGCCUCUUAUAUUUCACGUUGCAAGUAGAUGCAAUGAUGGAAGCUUUUACAGCCAUUUCACAGUUUUUGCUUCUAUCCCUAUUUUGUACUCUCAAUAUUUCGUACUAAACUUAGUUUGUCAAGCAUGAAGCAUAUCUGGUACUGUUGACAAAUUUAUUUCUAUACUUUCUCCCUCUGACAAGAUUAUUCUUAACUUGUCUCGUACCAUCAUAAUCCAUUUAGUUUCUAUCUCUCUAUAAGCCAACUUGUUUUGGUGCAUUUCAUACAAAAGAUUGCAGUUGCUUCUUUCUAAACUCUCAUAUGCUCUUUACACCGGUACAUCUCAUAAAAACAACAUUAAUAAGUGUUUCCAGAGAUACUCUCGUACUCCUCCCCCACCCCUCGCUCUUCGUCCUGCAUUUGCCUGAGUUCUGAACCUUGAAACAGUCAUUAUCAGAAAGAUUGAUGGACACAAAAAUUGUAGUGGCUUCUUCUUAAUGGAACAUAUUUCAGUGAGACUGCCAUGGGAUGAGGGAAACCAAAUUGGCCAUGUCUAUUUGGUGGUAUGGCUCGUCAAAGGAGUAGUCAAGUGGUUUAGCUUGUGUUCUUGUUUCCUAUUCAAUUUUGAGUAGUUCAAUAGGAAAGGUCCUAGAUAUCCAUCCCCAGUAUAAAUUUCUUUUCGCGGAGAGAUAAAUUUAUUGCUAACAUUCACGUACAAUGGGGCACAGAAAUUCAUUCAACAUGUCUCAGAUAUUUGGGACGGAAGAUGAUCAGAGAUGGAAUGUUCCAGAGCAGGCACCUUUGCCUUUCGCAAGGGCCGGUGUUCCGGAAGGCAGUAAUAUUGUUUAUCCAGUGGACAGUAUGUCAAUUGACGCGGCACACCAUUCUUCUCAGGGGCAUGCCUCUAGGCCAAGUGGAUAUUCUUCCUCGAAUCCAAAUAUGGAAAUUCCACACUGUCAGCCUCAGGUUCAAGGUCCUUUUCAUGAUCCUUUUCUGCAUUCAGGUACUGGAGGCUUUCAUAUGAUCCAUGAGAAUUAUCCACAUCAAGCAUCUUCAUCAGCCCAUGGCGGCCAGACAUAUCAUGGGGUGGAUGGUGGCCUUGUUGACCUCACAAUGGGUAGUGGGAGAGGGCCGUACAAACGAAAGAGUCCUGGUAUACCUGCAGGUGGCGAAAGUGGUAGUACAAGCAGAUACUUCGAUGCUGGCAGUUCAUCUGAUCUCCCUUCUGAAUCUUGGCAAGAAAAACAAAAUCCAGACCCCCAUUACACAACUUGGGGUUUACAUCCUAGUUACAGAGGUAAUAGUCUGUCUAUUGGAGGUGAGGGUUCUCAGAGGAAUGUAAGAAGCAGAGCUGCAUUUGAUCUGCAAAAUAAUGUAGGAAGGGCACAUAUAACAAGUACUCCUUCACAUCACUCUAACAGCAGUAGAACGUCCACUGAUUAUUGUAGUUCAGUGAAUUAUCUAGCUCCAAGUUCGAAUUCUUCAGCAAGGGAAUGGAACCAUGCUGUCAUGCCCCCUGCAGCUGCUCAUGGGAGGAACUUUGCUCCUGAUGCAAGCUUCUUUUGUUAUGAUAUGAACCACUAUGAUAUGGUUACCGGCAAUAUCUCUACCUCUCUGGAGAUGGGGAAUUACCACAAUGAUUUCACCUCCAACAGAAGUUCCCUUCCUCAACAUUUACCUGGCAGCUUGCCAUCUUCAAGGGGAGUCCGAAGUAGCUACAGUCAAAGAUCUUCCCCUACUUUCAGGACUUCUUCAAGCUAUAUGCGUCAUGGGCAUGUUGGGACUUCAGAUGAUGGAUCACAGUUGUUUGCUGAAGGUUACGCCUCAAGACAUUCACGACCAUUGUCUACUCUAGGACUGCGUAGUAGUGACCGAAAUGGGAGAACUAGGGUAUCUAGUGAUAGGUACAGAUCAUUGGCUGGUGAGGCAGGUUUCCGUGAGCAACUUGCAUCUGAGGGUGUUAUUAUUCCAGACCGCUCUACUUAUUAUGGAUCCAGAAGCAUGUUUGAUCAGCAUAGGGACAUGAGACUUGACAUUGACGACAUGGGCUAUGAGGAACUUCUUGCUCUGGGAGAAAGAAUUGGCCAUGUCAAUACUGGCUUGUCGGAGGAACUGAUUUCAAAGUGCAUGACCGAGUCAAUUUAUUGUUCCUCAGACCAAAAUCAUGAGGAAGGAAAUUGUGUUAUCUGUUUGGAAGAGUAUGUUAACAUGGAUGAUGUCGGGACAUUGAAAUCGUGCAUCCAUGAUUUUCAUGUGGGGUGCAUAAGAAGAUGGCUGUCAAUGAAGAACGUUUGUCCCAUCUGCAAGAAAACCGCUUUGGAUGACGACGACAUGAAAGAAAAAUGAUUUAUUUAGCUAUGACUUAUUGGGCAUUGAACUUGUGUAAAUAUGUAUUUAGAACAUUUCUCAAAUGGGGGAAAAACUAGUAUCACCUCAAAAGUUUGUACAGAAAAUGUUUUUCAUGUCAUCAGUCGUUUCUUUCAAAUGUGUAAAGAAUCUCCUUAUUA